AUGGAUCGCAUGGAGCUGCAAAAAGUCAACAUCGAACCUGACGAUCAGAGCAACAGUGGGGAAAGCCUCGAAGACAACUACACAGAGCUGGUUGAUUCAGAAAAGGCUGCAAUUAGGAGUCCAUUUGCUAGUGAUGAUGCAGAAAGUCAGAAGUUCCUUACAAAUGGAUACCUGGGUAAAAAGAAAUUGGAAGAAUAUAAUGAAGAAUAUCACCUGGGAAGAGCUUCCUUUGGAAUGUCCGCAUUCAACCUCAGCAAUGCCAUUAUGGGCAGUGGCAUCUUAGGGCUCUCCUAUGCCAUGGCCAACACAGGAAUUAUCCUUUUCAUAGUUCUGCUGCUCAGCGUAGCAAUAUUGUCGCUUUACUCAGUCCACCUCUUGCUGAAGAUAUCAAAAGAAGGAGGAUCACUAAUAUAUGAAAAACUAGGAGAAAAGGCAUUUGGCUGGCCUGGGAAGUGUGGUGUUUUCGUUUCGGUCACAAUGCAGAACAUUGGAGCAAUGUCAAGCUACCUCUUUAUUAUUAAAUAUGAACUUCCUGAAGUGAUCAGAGCAUUUAUGAAACUUGAGGAGAGUUCUGGAGAAUGGUACCUAAAUGGGAACUACCUUGUCAUACUCGUAACAGUUGGGAUUAUUCUUCCCCUCUCCCUUCUAAAGAGUUUAGGUUAUCUUGGUUAUACGAGUGGUUUUUCGCUGACCUGUAUGGUUUUCUUUGUCAGCGUGGUAAUCUUCAAGAAAUCCCAAAUACCCUGUCCUCUCCCCAUCAUGGACCAUGGGGCUGAAAACUGGACCACUGCCAACAACACAGUGCCAAUGCACCUGGUCAUAUUACCAAAUGAGUCUCUCAGUUCUGGUGUGAAUUUCAUGAUGGACAAUACAGCUGGGCACUUGCCAGGCCUUGAGGAGUCAAAAGAUACCUCCCCCAAAAGUGGUGUAGAAUAUGAAGCACACAGCGACAGUGGUGACGUGUGUCAAGCAAAAUACUUUGUGUUCAACUCACGGACUGCCUAUGCAAUACCCAUCCUGGCAUUUGCAUUCGUAUGCCACCCUGAGGUGCUACCAAUAUACAGUGAACUGAAAGAUCGUUCCCGAAAGCGGAUGCAGAAUGUCUCAAAUAUCUCCAUCACUGGCAUGCUUAUCAUGUAUCUUCUGGCUGCCCUCUUUGGAUAUCUUACCUUCUAUGGAGAAGUUGAAGACGAGCUGCUCCAUACAUACACCAAAGUGUACACCUUCGACACCCUUUUGCUGUCAGUUCGCCUGGCGGUGCUGGUGGCUGUAACCCUCACCGUGCCCCUUGUCCUUUUCCCGAUCCGUUCAUCUGUCAGUGCUUUGCUGUUUCCCAAAAGGCCGUUCAGCUGGAUAAGACACUUCCUGGUUGCAGCAGUAAUUCUUGCUUUUAAUAACCUGCUUGUAAUUUUUGUCCCAACUAUUAAAGACAUCUUUGGAUUUAUUGGUGCCUCCUCUGCUACACUGCUGAUUUUCAUCCUCCCUGGUGCCUUCUACCUGCGGCUUGUCAAGAAGGAGCCCCUGAGGUCUCCCCAGAAGAUCGGGGCUCUUAUUUUUCUCAUAGUUGGCAUAAUUUUCAUGAUUGUGAGUAUGACUCUUAUUGUAAUGGACUGGAUUUAUAAUCCCCCAAGUUCCAGACAUCACUAA